AUGGAUUCGAACGAGACAACGCCAAAAGAUCCGCGAUGCACACAAGUAACCGUGAUGAAAGUGGCAAAUAUCGCGGUGAAUAUGUUGGUUUUCAUCGUGACGUUAGCUUUGUGCAACAUCUUGCACAUGCUAUUACGCCCUUACUCGCAACCUCGACUCAUUUCAGAAGCCAUUGUAGGGUUCUUUUUGAGCAAUCUACCAUUUAUACGUAACAACUUCGACGACGAAGCUAAUACGACGCUUGGUUAUGUAGCGGAGUUCGGAAUGAUUUGCCAUAUGUUCGUGGUCGGCCUUGAAACGGAUCCGAACAUAUUUGUUCGACUACCGGUUCGUGAGGCGAAGGUGGCAUGUACUGGGCUGCUAAUAACUUUUUUGAUAGCGGUUUUCGUGACCCCAAUGUUACAGCUGACUAACGAGCCAAGUAUCAAGUUUGAUGUCUCCAUCUCGAUCAUCUUAUCAGGAACCGCCUCCCCCCUCCUCACCCGUCUCAUUGCCGAUCACAAGAUCGGGAAAUCCGAUAUCGGCCGAUUCUUGAUUGCCACUGGUCUAUUAUCCGAUCUCAUUUCCACCCUUCUAAUAACCUUAGGGUACAUCAUUUUCGACCCGUUGGAUGGUUUCGCGACCCGAAAAGUGGAAAAUAUUCUUCUCAUGGUUGCGGUUCUCGUGGUUCAGACAAUUUUCGCGGCUAAAUUCGUACCGUUUCUCAUGGCGUGGGUCGAUAGUCAUAACCCGCAAGGGAAAUUAAUGAAGGGUUCGCACUUGAUCGUUUCGCUAGCAAGUAUCGUGCUCGUUUGUAGUCUUGCACCAUGGAUAACACGAUUUAAUAUGAUGCUAAGCUCAUUUUUAGCUGGCGUUGUUAUGCCUCGUGAAGGAAGGAUCCCGAAGAUGCUGAUCGGAAAAGUCAAGUACUUCUUCGGGAUCCUGUUCUUUCCGGCAUUCAUGUUUUGGGUCGGAUUCCAGGUAGAAUUCUCGGAAUUCGAAGGUCGUAGAUUGAUCACAUGGGCUAGCAUAUUUUUCCUAUUCCUGAUCAUCGUCGCCGGAAAAGUUUUCGGGAGUGUGAUCUCUGGCGUCUUGUUAGGAUUUCAUUGGCAGGAUUCCGUCGCGAUUGGAUUGCUUCUAAGCAUCAAGGGUCACUUCCAUAUCUUCAUGGUUCUCUUAGCCGAGGAGAGAAAUAUAAUUAGUCGGUCAAACACCGUUGUCAUGGUCCUCGUUUGCUUCCUCACCUUCAUCCAUGCCCCGAUGGUGAUGAAGAGCAUCAUCGAGCGUGCACGAAAGCAAUCGCCGACACAACAAAUGGCGCUCCAAUGGCUCAGUCCGUCAAAUGAGCUUCGAAUCGUACUAUGUGUCCAUGGUCCGGAAAGCAUUCAAUCCGCCAUUAAUUUCAUGGAGAUCUCCCAAGGGCUACCGGAAUCGCGGAUGACGGUUUAUGUUAACGAUAUGAUUGAACUCACGGAGAAUAUAGCAUCGACAUUGGCUCAAGGAGAAGGAGUGGACGCGAUGACCAUAACGGAUCCCGGGAUUAUAGAGAUGAGAGAAAACAUCACCAACACGAUCCAGGGUUACGUAAACGAGCAAUGUGAAGGGAUCGAAGUACGACGAAUGCUUACGCUGUGUCCUCUCACCAGUAUGCAUCACGACAUCUGCACACUGGCGGAGGAUUUGUUGGUUUCGUUGAUCAUCCUCCCGUUCCACAAGAAUCAACAACCGAACGGGAAGGUCGAAACCAACCAUUUGGGGUUUCGAAGUGUCAACAGAAAGGUUCUACGGCACGCACCGUGUUCGGUUGGAGUCUUGGUCGACCGCGGUCUCGGAUCCACCCAAUUAUCGAGAGCAACCAAAUGCAUCAAUGCAGCUAUCAUUUUCAUUGCAGGCAAAGAUGAUCGUGAAGCACUUGCGUACGCCGGCCGAGUGGCUCGACACCCGUCGGUCAAACUCACCGUCAUACGAUUCCUAUUAGACACCAACGGAAACAACGUGUCGUCAAGGAUCACGCGGGCCCGUGCCAACACCGCGGAAUUUGAGGCAGAGAUGAAGCAAGACGACGAGUAUUUUGCAGAUUUUUAUGAUCGACACGUAGCCACGGGACAUGUUGCAUACAUGGAGAAAUAUCUUUCGAAUUCCGGGCAGACUUAUUCGACGAUCAAGUCAUUGGAAGGACAAUAUAGUUUAUUUAUCGUGGGUCGAGGAGGAAGGGUUAACUCGACGUUAACGGCUGGGAUGAACGAUUGGGAGGCAUGCCCAGAGUUGGGUCCAAUCGGGGAUAUUCUUUCGGCUUCGGAUUUCUCAGCCACGGCUUCGGUGUUGAUCAUCCAACAACAUAAACUUAGAGGGAAGCUUCAGGGUCUACAUGAAGAGUUCUCUAUCAUGUAA